AUGUCCCACCUCACAUCUCUUACUGAUGUCUAUCUCCAUGAUGAGGACCAUUCCUAUGCUAUUCAAGAGCCCUUUGUAUCUACCUUUGGGAACCUGCUAUCCAUUAAUACUAGGUUGCUCAGGAAUACUGAACAGACAAUUCUAGAUAAGCUAGUUGAGGACCUCAAGUCCAAUACUAGCUAUGCCAACUGGCAUUCUGUUGUCUAUAACUGGACCCAAGUGACCAUUGGCAUGCACUUGCCCUUGCAUGAGUCUCUCAGUCUUUUUGUCUCUGUGCUUUGGAAAAAAACUAAAGGAGCUUCAAACCAGGAGCAAAGUAACUAUGAAGUUCAGGAGAUGCUUAAAGAUGCUAAGCAACAAGCUUUGAGCACUCUCAAACCUCUUUCAAGAGUCACUUGGCAACUGAAUUUGAAUGACAUGGCCUCAGACUCAGAGGAUGAGUCAGAAUCAGAAUCAGAUUUCUCUGAGGAAGAGAUUCUGAAGACAAAGUCCAGAACUUCAAACUAUUCUGAGAACCAAGCUUUAUCCAUUUGUCAAAGAUGGAAGAAUGAUCUUAAAGCUUACUUUAUAGCCUCAAACAUCCCUCACACUCAGCUAGUGAUGACUGAGGAACAGAUCAUUGAAGUGAUUCAGGCCUGUCAUAAAAUAGGUUCAAAAACUUAUAAGAGUACACACUGGUUAAAUGCUGUGAAGGAAUCUGGUCUUCUUGAUAUGGUGGCCUUCAUUUGCAAACCUGAUACCUCCCUAGAGUUAUCAUCAGAUCACCUUGCUACUAGUUUUAGACAACAUCAGUGGAAGAAUAAAUUUGGUCUUGUAUUUGGUCUAUGGUCACUUGGGCUUCCCACUAGCAGUACUGCAUCUCAGGCAUCACUGGAGCUUCAUACUAUUGUCAAACCCAUGCUUGACAAAGGAUCCAACAAAAAGGCUAAGAAAUUUCCAUUAGGACAGGCCUUUAUCCAAGCACUAGAUGAACUUGACAAUACCCAUUGUUUAAUUCCUACUGCUUCUCAGCCACUUGCAGCAGGCUUUCUGAAUAAUGAAGAGUCAUUUAUUCAAGCCUAUCACUCUUGGUUAUACCCCUCCAUAAUUGCUCGUGGCUAUUCUGUGAAGCAUGAGCCUAAAGAGUUAUAUUCUCUUAUCAGCUCACAGGUUCUAAAUCGAGACACAUUUGCAAAGUCCAAGAUUUCUUUGAAAUCUUGGAGACUCACCUGCAUCAUAAAUGAAGUCAUUGAAUAUCGAGAACAUAUCAAAAGGGUCAGGAAGGAAGUAUUUUGGAUUAAUAAAGCUCAAGAAACCUUGAAAGUACAGCAACCUCUUACUGACAGUGGACAACAAGAUGUUGAUGACUAUCCUCUACCCAAGACUGGCAGGAGCAGCAAGAUUACUACUAAGCCAGUAUGCUAUCACCCAAAUAGCCUAGGUUUGACAGAAGUCAGUGCAAGUUCUGACAUCAUUGGAAGAUGUGGGCGCCAUGCUGUUCGCUUUAUUGACAAGCAAACCAAAAAUUGUGUUGGUGGUGUUAUCUUUUCUGCCAUGAAACCCGGCACGCUUCAACAAAUGAAAGACAACCAUGGCAGCAUCAUCAACCAUCCAAGUGUCAAACGUGGUGCUGCAUUUCAGGCCUAUAACUAUGGAAAGAUGAUCCCAUAUGGCGCACGUCAGCCCCAAGGUGGCCGUAGAGGCGAUUGCUACACCACCUAUCCUAUGUUACGUGGUGACACUCAAGAAGAUAUCAAGGCAAUUUUCAGGCAUAUCAAGGAUGCAGAAACUCUCCUCCGUACCAUUUCAUACGCUGCUCCUCUUGUUGUCAAAGAUCUCCAAAAUGUGACAUCAGAGGCAAAAGCGCACCGCCUUGGGUCCACCGGAUGUGUUACAUUUUAUUGCCGUAACUACGUUGCGCCACAGCACAAAGACCACGAUGUCUCGUGGACCAUUAGCACCCAGCUUGAGAGGAGAGGUAGAGAUGAUGAAUGGAAUUUUUCAUUUACAGAGUGGGGGGUCUACAUUCGCAACGUGGACAAUACUACCUGGUGGUUUGAUUCUUCUGACGUCCACGGAACUAUCAUGCCGGGUAACCGUGUACUUCAAUCACAAGGUGAAUGCCUCUCAAUCGGCAUUACCAUGACAGCGAGGAAAAAGGACCAACAACAGGCUACUAAGAUUCGGGAUAUGCACCAGAGGGCUCAGAAACUCACAUUCGCUAGUCCAUUUGGGGCUGCGGGAGUUUGA